AUGCAGUUCUCUACUUCCCUCAUCGCUCUCGCUGCCACCGUCUUCUUCGGCGCUCACGCCGCUCCUACUGGCAACGCCCGCCGAGACAACGAUGUCGUCGGUACAGGCACCCCCAACCUCGUUAAGUAUGUUGGCAGCAGCGACAAAGACAAGGCCUUCAUCCCAGAGGGUGCUGGUGUGAUCAACACAGACAAGAUCGUCCCUCAACAGUAUCGCCCCAAGACCAAACCAGUCGUCCCCAUCACCAAAGAGGGCGACGACAAGACCGAUGCAGGCGUCCCCACCAUCAAAGAGGGUGACGACAAGGUCAACAACACAGGCAUCGCGACCCCCGAAGAUCCCGACUCCUCAGUCGACGACUUCGUCCAGCACGGGGGCGCCCUCUGCCAGCACCAGCAGAUGAGUUACCGCGUCCUCCAGGCCUACUCGCUCAGGGCCUACUCGGGCGUCGACGACGCCCCCAAGGUCUGCGGCGAUCUCUGGCACAACCUCAGACGCUUCCCCGCCUGCGCCGCCGCCUCGGACGCUUCCUGUCGCGCGGGCACCGACAAGGGCGAACUGAUCUGGCACUUCGUCGCCUCCACCUUCUGCAACCCCGGCAUGGUCCAGGCCGCCUGGUACGAGGCUACCCACAACGACUAUGGCGCCGCCGAGUGCAAAAGUGUGGAGCAGUUGGGCUUCCGUUAA